AUGUUCCACCAAGUGAAAGUCCUGGAAGAAGACCAGGCCGCCUUCAGAUUUCUCUACCGGACGCCUGGCAGUAUUUCAGCUCCGUUAACGUACCAGAUGACGGUGCACGAAUUUGGAGCCAUCUCCUCCCCAACGAGCUGCAUCUUCGCCCUCAACAAGACGGCCGAUGACCACCGCAGCCAGUUUCCAGACGUAGCCGAUAGCGUUCGACGUAAUUUCUACGUCGACAAUUAUCUCGACUCCUUCGACUCCGAAGACGAGGUCAUCAAACGGUCCCGCCAAAUGAGGUCCUUACUUCAGCUAGGGGGAUUCAACUUGACCAAAUUGACGUCGUCGUCAAAAAUGGUGAUCGCAGAGCUACGAGAAUUCGGCCUCGCGUCACCAACACUGGAUUUGGACUUGGAGAAACUCCCCGUCGAAAGAACGCUGGGAGUAAUGUGGGUCAGCGAGCGAGAUAUGCUGACUUUCAAGAUUCGGAAGCCGCCAAACAACGUGACACUCACGAAGCGAGCCUUCCUAAGCAUCAUCUCCAGCGUCUAUGACCCGUUGGGACUCGUCGCACCUGUUAUCUUCGUAAUGAAGUCACUACUCCAAGACAUCUGGACCAAUGAAGAACGGAUCGGUUGGGACGACGUCGUACCGGAAACAUUGAGUCAACGUUUUUAUUGCUGGUACGACCAUCUGGAAAAGAGUCGCAUCAGUGCCGAGAUGCUUCCGUUUCAAACGAGGACGUUGGACUCAACAGCAUCUCCACGUCUUCAAGAAUGCAAGCUCCAAAGAGUACGGAGCAGUAGCCUACUUCCACACUGUCUCACGAUACCACGUUUAGAGUUACAAGCGGCAGUAGAAGGUCUCAACAUCGCCCUCACGAUUUGCCGUGAGCUGGAGAUCGAUUUGCGGCAAGUAACCUUCCCCUCAGACUCACAAACGGUGCUGCGGUGGAUCCAUUCAAAGACAUGUCGAUUUGAAGUCUUCGUCAACAACCGCAUCGGAAAGAUACUCCUAAACACAGGUUGUCGACAAUGGCGUCAUGUUGCCGGAGAUUCAAACCCAGCUGACCUCUGCGGUAGGGGUAUCGACCCCAAGGAUACCAACGAAUUGCUCUACUUCCACCGAGGACCUCCGUUCCUGAGUUUGGACCCAACAGAAUGGUACACUUGGGAAGAAAUAACGGAGCAUGAAGAACGGGAUGUAAACGUGAUUCGCGUCUUGGCAGACAAAACGGAAGAUGAGAACCAUGCCAUCGAACGAUGCGUUGCACGUUUUUCCAGCGUGGUGAAAAUUCAACGAGCGCUGGUCUGGAGUACAAGAUUUGCCAACAACGCCAAAGCAAACCGCGAUGAAAAACCCAUGGUCGGAGAGCUAACGGUAGAAGAAAUGCCCUUAUUGGAUGGAGCUGGACAAAUGCGAAUCGGCGGACGUAUACUUCAAGCGCCGAUCGACUAUGCAGCCACACACCCCAUAUUUCUACCAGCAUCUCAACUUUUAACGAAAAAGAUAAUUUGGGAUUAUCACGUUCGAAACAUGCACGUCAAGACAGAGAGAUUGCUGACGGACCUCCGUUCACGCUUUUGGAUACUUUCCGGACGCAAGGUGGUAAAAUCUAUCAUCAACAACUGCUGGCCUUGUAAGCGGACGUCGAUGAAACCUAGUCCUCCGUUGAUGGCUUCACUAACAGUCCAUCGUUUGACACCUCAUUUGCCUACGUUCACGUACACAGGGAUCGACUACUUUGGACCCUUAAGCGUACGAGUUGGUGGAAGGGGAAGAAGACGCGAAAAACGUCGGAUCAGCCUAUUCACGUGUUUCACCACACGAGCAGUUCACCUGGAAGUGGCCAACGGGCUCAGGAUGGAGGAGUUCUCACUCUGCUUCUCCCGUUUUGUUAGCCUACGUGGAAAACCGAAGGUCGUUUAUAGCGACAAUGGGACAAACUUUGUCGCCGCCGAGUACGAGUUGCGACAAGCCCUAGAAGAACUUGUUCCCGAACACCAAGAACUUCAAACAGUAAUGGCUUGUCAUGAAAUAGACUGGCACUUCUCUCCACCCCAUGGACCCCACUUCGGUGGUGUUUGGGAAAGGAUUGUACAAUCCUGUAAGCGGGCAAUGAAGACCAGCAUCGGUAAUUGCCUAGUCACGGAUCGAUUGUUACGAACCGUAAUCGCUGAAGUAGAAGCUCUAUUAAACGCUCGGCCGUUAACACAUCUUAGUAUGGACCCAGAAGACCCGGAUCCGUUAACGCCAAACCACUUUCUAUACGGUGGAGCUCUGCCAUACUUGCCCCUACAAUUGGCCGACGUGGAAGACAUGAACUGGCCGAUGUCCAAAGUGUUGGAAGUUAUUCCCAGUGCCAUGGAUAAUGUCGUUCGAGCUGUAAAGAUGAAGCUUAGUAACCAUCCAAAACCAUGUAUUCGGCCGGUGGCUAAAUUAUGUAUCAUGGUUGCGGCUAAGGAACGACAAGUUUACACAAAAGAAGAGAAAAUGGAAUCCUUAACAGCGUAA